AUGUCUUCCUUCAAGUCCUAUGGAAAAGUCAACGAACUUGAUCAAAUGAUGUUAGAAGCAAAGAGAAAAACCCGAAAGAGAAUCACAAUCAUAAGCUUAUCUUCAAUAAUCUUAGUUACUAUUCUAGUUGCAUCUAUAUUUGGAGUUGUUAACAACAAAAACAACUCCAAAAACGACGAUAACAAUAACAAUAACGUGUCACAAAAUUCUGUGACGAAUUCUAUAAAAGCUGUUUGUGAUGUGACAUUGUACAAGGAAUCAUGUUAUGACAGCCUUGGUUCUGUUGUGAACUCAUCAGGAAACGAGAUUCAACCUGAGGAGUUGUUUAAGUUGUCGAUCAAUGUGGCUUUAACUUAUGUGUCUAAAGCUGUUGAGUAUUUCGAUGAACAUGGCGUUUUCGAAAAGUUGAUUGGUGAUACUGAUGAUGAUAGUAGAACUAAGGAAGCUUUGAAAAAUUGUAAGGAUCUUUUCGAACUCGCGGUUGAUCAUUUGAAUAACUCGUUGAUUACUUCGGGAGAAAAUUCUUCGGUUCUUCGAGUUUUUGAUGAUCUCCAAACAUGGUUAAGCGCGACAGGUACAUACCAAGAAACAUGCAUUGAAGGUUUUGAGGAUGGAAAAGAAGAGCUUAAGAAAAGUGUUAUAAGCUAUCUUAAAAAUUCUACAGAAUACACAAGCAAUAGUCUUGCCAUAAUUACAUGGAUUAACAAGGCUGCAAGCACUCUAAAUUUGAGGCGUUUAAUGAGUUUACGUAACGAAAACGAGUCGCCGAAGUGGUUUCAUUCGAAGGAUAGGAAGUUGCUUGUUACAAAGGAUUUGAGAUCAAAAGCUGAUAUUGUUGUGGCGAAAGAUGGUAGUGGAAAAUAUAGAACUAUAUCUGAAGCACUUAAACAUGUUGCUGAUAAGAGUAAGAAGAGGGUUGUGAUUUAUGUGAAGAAAGGGAUUUACUAUGAAAAUGUGAGAGUUGAGAAAACAAAAUGGAAUGUUAUGAUCAUUGGUGAUGGUAUGACUUCUUCCGUUGUUUCUGGUAGGCUUAACUUCGUCGACGGCACGCCGACAUUUUCAUCCGCAACAUUUGCUGUGUUUGGGAAGAAUUUCAUAGCUAGAGAGAUGGGUUUUCGCAACACGGCGGGUCCACAGAAGCAUCAAGCAGUGGCACUAAUGACAAGUGCGGAUCAAGCAGUAUACUAUAAGUGUCACAUAGAUGCAUAUCAAGACACUCUUUAUGCUCAUUCGAAUCGGCAAUUCUAUAGAGAAUGCAACAUUUACGGAACAGUGGAUUUCAUUUUCGGAAACUCUGCAGUUGUGAUACAAAACUGCAACAUUAUGCCGAAGUUACCUAUGCAUGGACAACAGAUCACAAUCACAGCACAGGGAAAAACUGACCCUAACAUGAACACAGGUAUUUCAAUUCAGUAUUGCAACAUUUCACCUUUUGGAAACUUGACCGAUGUUCGAACAUACCUUGGAAGACCGUGGAAGAAUUACUCGACUACGGUAUACAUGAGAUCGAGAAUGGAAGGUUUUGUUAAUCCAAAUGGUUGGUUACCUUGGGUAGGAAACUCCGCGCCGAACACUAUUUUUUAUGCAGAAUUUCAAAAUGUUGGUGCAGGUUCUUCAACAAAGAAUAGAGUAAAAUGGAAGGGUUUGAAAAACAUUACUAUUAAACAAGCUAGUACGUUUUCAGUCAAGAGUUUUAUUCAAGGUGAUAGAUGGAUUCAUACAUCAAAUGCACCUUUUAAGUCUACUAUAUGA